UUCGUUCUGCGACGGUUCGCGACGUAACUGGACGUACCAACUGACAACAUAACCAGUAACAGUGAGUAACAGCAUCAACCAGCAUGCUGUGGUGUUCUGUGGUGGCUGUGAAGAAGAUAGCGGCACUAGCGUUGGAGUAGCAGACGGUAGAAGAAUACGUGACGAGACACAUUGACACAGACCACUUAUUGCACAUUGAGACGUUGGAUUGCAUGAGACGAAGCUCGGCUCAUCGUAAAGAAAAAUGCGACUACUAGUAACGGCUAUUAACCCUAAAUCACUGCCAACGAUAAUCCGACACCGUCUGUCUUUCGCUCGAACGUUUUGCACAAGUCAACAUUCCUUGAAUACUCGUGAAUUACCGAUCUUUCUAAAGCAACGACCCGGCAAUAAUGUUUCACUAACUCAAUCGCGGUGGAACCUUCGACUGCUGAACGAGAACGUUCGACGUUGUCGGAGCGUUCCUGUCGUGUCCCUCAGAGGAUUUUCAACGAGAAGACCAAGUGACAAGGAUCCGCCAAAAGAGGUUGAGGCUGAUGCUGAUCAAACAGACGAGUAUCCGGCAUCGUUGCCUGCUACCGUUGUUGUUCCAGAGGUUUGGCCACAUGUACCUGUCAUAGCAAUAAACAGAAAUCCAGUCUUUCCCAGGUUCAUAAAACUCAUAGAAUUAAGCAAUCCGGUGCUGGUUGAUCUAAUUCGACGCAAGGUUAAGCUCAAUCAACCUUAUGUUGGGAUUUUUUUAAAGAAGAGCGAAGAGAAUGAGGCUGAGGUUGUUGAAAAUUUGGAUGAUGUCUAUCCAAUUGGAACAUUUGCUCAGAUACACGAAGUCCAAGAUUUGGGAGAUCGAUUGAGACUCGUAGUAAUGGCACACAGGCGCAUCAAAAUAGUUGGACAGAUUUUGGAAGAUUUAUCGGCGAAGCCACCACAUGAAAUGAAAUUGACGUUUCCGCUAUUAAAUACGACAAUUAACGUCCCCAUAGACGACGCGGCAUCUGUCGUUAAGAAAAGUCGUAGAGCUUCGCAGCGGAAGAAGGUAGAGAGCAAGCCAGUAGAACAAAAUGUAAAAUUAGAAGAACCAGUCGAAGACACAGACGUUGAUGUUAAAACUGUAAAUAAACCUAAUGAAAGUGCCAACAAUCCAGAGGAAACAUCGACAUCGUCUUCGGAAACGUCCGUUCAGCCAUUAUUAAUGGUAGAGGUUGUUAAUGUCACACAUGAAAAAUUUCGACAAACUGAGGAAAUAAAGGCACUGACUCAAGAACUUAUUAAAACGAUCCGAGAUAUCAUCAGUAUGAAUCCUCUGUAUCGGGAAUCGUUACAACAAAUGCUACAUCAGGGUCAGAGGGUCGUGGACAAUCCCGUUUACCUGAGUGACUUGGGUGCUGCUCUAACUGGAGCCGACGCUCACGAAUUACAACAAGUUCUCGAAGAAAUGGACAUUCCGAAGAGAUUGAUGCUGUCACUGGCUCUUUUGAAAAAAGAAUACGAGUUGAGCAAGCUCCAGCAAAAGAUCGGGAGAGAGGUGGAGGAGAAAGUGAAGCAACAGCACAGAAAGUAUAUUCUUCACGAACAAUUGAAAGUGAUUAAGAAAGAACUGGGCCUGGAGAAAGACGACAAGGACGCAAUUGAGGAGAAAUAUAGAGAAAGAAUUCGACAAAAAACGGUGCCGAAACCGGUGAUGGACGUGCUCGAGGAGGAAUUGAAUAAAUUGAGUUUCCUAGAAAGUCAUAGUAGUGAAUUCAAUGUGACAAGAAAUUAUUUGGAUUGGCUGACGUCGAUGCCCUGGGGAAUAACUAGUCCGGAAAACUUAAAUCUCCAGCAGGCUGCCGAAAUUUUGGACAAGGACCACUAUGGAAUGGAAGACAUUAAAAAAAGAAUUCUCGAAUUUAUUGCCGUGAGUCAGUUAAAAGGGUCUACCCAAGGAAAGAUUUUAUGUUUUCACGGACCGCCUGGAGUGGGCAAGACAUCGAUAGCGAGAUCGAUAUCGCGGGCGUUAAAUCGAGAGUAUUUUCGAUUUAGCGUUGGCGGAAUGACGGACGUUGCUGAAAUUAAAGGGCACAGACGCACGUACGUGGGAGCUAUGCCAGGAAAGAUUAUUCAGUGCCUUAAAAAAACCAAGACGGAAAAUCCCUUGGUUCUCAUCGACGAAGUGGACAAAAUCGGCAAGGGUCAUCAAGGAGAUCCAGCAUCGGCCUUGCUUGAGAUGCUCGAUCCUGAACAGAAUGCUAAUUUCUUAGAUCACUAUUUGGAUGUGUCCGUCGAUCUUUCAAAGGUCUUAUUCAUUUGUACCGCAAACGUGAUAGACACGAUACCAGAACCUCUAAGAGAUCGAAUGGAAAUGAUAGAUAUGUCCGGUUAUGUCGCCGAGGAAAAGCUUGCGAUUGCAAAACAGUACUUGGUGCCACAGGCGAUGCAGGACUCCGGCUUGACAGAGGCACAGAUCAUGAUUGAGGACACUGCAUUGAGUACCUUGAUAAAGUCAUACUGUCGAGAAUCAGGCGUAAGAAACCUCCAGAAGCAUGUUGAGAAAGUAGCGCGCAAGGUCGCUUUUAAAGUUGUCAAGAAGGAAGCAGAGAAGAUUGACGUGACGAACAGCAAUCUCCAGGAUUUCGUAGGAAAGCCCGUGUUUACGCACGACCGUAUGUACGAUAUUACGCCUCCUGGUGUGGUAAUGGGUCUUGCCUGGACGGCUAUGGGCGGAUCGACUCUCUUCAUCGAAACGAGCAUACGAAAGCCAACCGAAGGCAAACGACUCGAAGGAAGUUUUGAAAUUACCGGGCACCUCGGGGAAGUCAUGAAGGAAUCGACGAGAAUUGCCAUGACAGUCGCCAGAAACUUUCUCAGCAAGACAGACCCCGGGAAUACCUUCCUUUACGAUUCUCACCUACAUUUGCACGUUCCCGAAGGCGCCACUCCCAAGGACGGGCCUAGUGCAGGUACAACCAUUGCCACCGCAUUGAUCUCUCUAGCCAAGAACCAGUCCAUCAGACAAGACGUGGCGAUGACCGGGGAGCUUAGUCUCAUGGGAAAAGUGUUGCCGGUCGGUGGAAUUAAGGAGAAGACAAUUGCGGCUAAACGAGUGGGCGUUCAGUGCAUCAUCUUGCCUGAGGAGAACAAAAAGGACUUUGACGAUCUGCCCAAGUAUAUUACGGAUGGCCUCGAAGUGCAUUUUGCUUCCACCUUCGACGACAUUUACAAGAUUUGUUUCAUCGGAGGACGCACAGCUAAUCCACUUGGAACGAGCAGCACUAUAGACGUCAAUGUUGCGCCCUCACAAUCCGCUGCUCUUCUUGGCAACCGUAAUGCAGUAUGAACGUCUUCGAUCGUCGCGGCAAAGUGACACUUCAUUUUGUAUACUCCUACUGUUAUAAUAACUUCAUUUCUCAUGUCGCAGAUCUUAGCAUUUUGAAAUGUUCGUUCGCGCAGUAAGUCAGAUUUUUCUAUUCGCGGGAACAAAAUAGAGCAGGAUAACUGCGGGUCGAGAGAUAGCCGUUUAAUAAUUUGCUCGCGGUAGUUAUCCUUAUUAAAUGCGACAACACAAAAAGACAUUUCACGGCAGUCAAGCAGACUGAACGAUAAUUUAUCCCGACGAUUGCGAUGUGGGAGCGAGCACGAAUUCUUCGCGCCGAUACGUAUAACAAACAAUGAUCAUCUGGUUUGUUACUGAAAAAUUGUAUUUGAUUCUGUUAAUAAAUGAAAAAUGUACAAAUGUCA